GUGGCCAUAAAUGGCUGGUACCAUUAAUAACUUAAAGAAAAGCACAAAUUAAGGUUAAAAAAAGGUUAGUUUACUCAAAAAAUAAAAUAAAAAUCCUGUUACUCUUUACUCACCCUCAUGUAAUUCUACAUGCAUAUUAUAUCUUUCUAUUAUUAAUAAAGAUGUUUGGUAGAAUGUAAGAGACUAACAGCCUCAGUUGCCAUUCACUUGUAUUACAUGGAAAACAGAUGCGUGGUUACUGAGGCACUAAUCAGCAACUGAGGCACUAUUCUGCUAACCAUUUAUUUUUGUAUUCCACGGAAGAAAGGCAUAUGGGUUUGGAACAACAUCAGGGUGAUUAAAUGAUGACAGAAUUGUUAUUUUUGAACAAUACCUUUAUAUACAUUUCAUACAACUGCAUUUACAUCCUUAUGGUUAAAAACAAACACAAUAGUAGCUCAAAAGCUCAAGACCUGUGUACAUCUGAAAUAUGAAUUUUGAUAUUUGUACUAAACGCAUCCUAUUCAAGAAUUUACUUAAUGAUUUCAAAAGUAUUUCCAGAUAGGUACAUAAAAGUCUUUCAGUUAGCACUCACUGAGGGUAAAGGGACAAUAUUGUCCUGCCGAUUGGCUGACAAAAACACAUUGUCAUGACAGGUCACUCUCUUUAGCAUUCCAGACUGACCUACACUUUAAUGGAGCACUGACACAGCUGAUUUUAAAAAGAAGAACAUUUUAACAUGCUGCCCCUCCCCUUAACACUGUUUUGCAUAAUGGUUUCCUGUGUAAAGAUAACCAGAGAUCAUUCUGUGAAGUGCAACAUUGACUCCAACUCCAUAACGAUCAUAAUUGUAAGCUGCCACACAGGAAACUCUGAAAAAUGAGGCCGCCUUUUCUGCUGAUUUGUUUUGUUGGAUUAUGUUUUUGGACUACUGUAAUUUCCCUGAAGAUCUGUGCCUUCAACAUCCAGAGUUAUGGGGAGGCAAAAGCCCACAACAGGAAGGUUAUGGAGAUUUUGAUCAAGAUAAUUUCACGCUGUGAUCUGAGUUUGAUUCAGGAGGUUCGAGAUUCUAGAGGUGAAGCCAUAUCUGCACUGUUGAUGAACCUGAAUAGGUUUGACACGUCUCACAUUUACACCCAUUUAGAGAGUAAAAGAAUGGGGAAGAAAACAUAUAAAGAGCAGUAUGUGUACAUUUACAGAAAAGAUAUGCUACAGGUGCAAGAGCAAUACCAGCAUCCAGAGUUGAAUGAGACAGCAGCAGAAGCAGUAGUGUUCUCCAGAGAACCUUUCAUCAUAUGGAUCCGUUCACCCACAACAUCGGUGAAGAACUUUGUCCUCAUUGGUCAACACACCUGCCCUAAGAAUGCAAUGAAAGAAAUGGAGGCACUCUACGAGGUCUUCCAAACAGUCAGGAAAAAAUGGAGAACUGAGAAUGUGAUGUUUCUGGGUGAUCUGAAUGCAGCUUGCAACUAUGUUACCAAUAAAGGACUUAAAAAUGUGCGUCUCAGGAGUGACCCGAAGUUCCACUGGUUGAUUAGAGAUAAUCAGGACACUACAGUCCGUGACAAAACACACUGCGCCUAUGACAGGAUUAUUAUUCAUGGCAAAGAACUAAUUUCUGGGAUAGUUCCGGAAUCAGCUCAGCCAUUCAACUUCAAACAAGAGUUCAGUCUAUCUGAAGAAGAGGCUCUGGAAGUUAGUGACCACUAUCCCGUAGAGGUUGAUUUAAAACCAAACCAUCGCUACCUCCUGCGUCAUGAACUCUGAAACAAUGAAAAUCUGAGAACUGCUUUAUAAUGAAAAUGAUUAAGGCAGUACCUGAUGUGCUAAUUUACUGGUACUCAUACUAUACUUUGGUACUGUACUACAUACUAUGGCACCAGCAUCUGAUGCCAUGCAGAACUUUCACUGUGAAAAUGUCAUGCUGCUACAGAAAUGAAAGGUGCACUUAGUAAUUUUGCUAAUAGCUAAACUUUUAAACAGAAAGACACAGUAAUAGUAGAAUAGUGUUUUUGAAAAAUGUGUUUAAAAUGAUGUACACUCACUUGGUGAGGACUCUAGUAGAGACUAUUUAGACUACAAGACGAAGCACUUGUAUUAAAAUGAAUGGGAAAAAUUGGAACACUCAAUAUGGUGGAUGUAGAAAAGAAAGUCAGGUAAAAGAGUCAACUCGAGAAUGCUCAUGCACAUGAGCUGGACCAGCCUGAAAAAUCAAAUUUUUUAGCAUGAUCAGAGCUAAAAAGAAAAAAAAAGCACAAUUUAUGAGACCAUUGUUUUAGAUUUAACUGCUAAUUUGAAAUAUGUUAUUUAAUCGUAAUUAAUCUUGAUCAGCUGUUUUUGGAUAUUUCGGUCUUUCCCCACUCAAGUAGAUAGGAGCUCUGCUUUUAUGCCGUAUAUAUUCAUAUAUAAUAGCUGCCCGGGAUCUCACAUAUUUGGACGCUUUCACUCACUAAGUAAAUUAAUCAUACCUGACUGUGAAUCGGAUUUUUACAAUGAUAUCAAUAUCUGAAAAAUGAAAGCCUAAGCAAUAGUUCUGUCAGGAAGACUCGUAGUAAGCAUUACGUCAUUCAUUCAAUUUAAGCAUCUCAUCCAAUCAUAACCCUGCCUAUGCUUAAUAAGCUCCACAAAUCUGUCCUUCAUCACUUCAUUAUCCCGCAAUGGUUUUCUCCCUCCACCACCCCAACAUCACCAGUUUAGGCCCCGUCCUGGUGUAAGGGGUAAGCUCCUCUCCCCUGCCAUCAUCGUCUUCUGGCAGGAUCUGGUGGUUUGAGUGAGAAUUAGAGUCGUCCAAAGGAAACUAUUCUCUCACUUAAUUAGCAUUAAUUAUGAUAUUCUCUGAGUCUGUCUGGAAAAUCUUAUUUUUCUGCGUGAUGCUGCAUCUACACCGCUAGGUGUCAGAGCAACAAAAACAGUCAUUUUAUCUGAAAUUUUUGCUGUAGGCAUCUCUUACCCAAUACACUGUUAAACAUAAAUAUUACUUAAAACAGUCAAAGAUGUAUUUUGAUUAUGAUGCAGUUUAGCUCAGCUAUAGUAUCCUGUAUUUGAUGUUGAUAGUGGAUAUAAUAGAUGAUUGAUUCUAUAUAAACACACUGUCCUCAAUUUCUCAGACUCACUGUAUUUGAACAUUGUAUCACUACUAAAAAUACUGGUACAGGACUUGUGAGUAGGGCUGGGCGAUAAAACCAUCUUGAUAAUUAUUGAAAAAAAUCCUCAAAAUCAAUGAUAAACUUUUGAGUAAUUUUCGAUAUUUACUGUACAAAAAAAAAAUAUUGUGAUGAUGUUUUGGGCCAUAUCGCCCCACCCUAGUGGUUUGGUGAGUAUCAGUACUCAUACUCUGCCAUAAAAAAUUAUAAUAAUAACAAUAAAAUAUGAACCAGUGUUAAAAUCCACAGAUUAAAUGUUCUGUCACUCUUUUUGGCCAUAUUGAUCUUUUAAUAACUUCUUUAACAAGCCGUCAAUCCCUUACACGGUCUUGACUAAGAGGAAUAUUAGAAGCUGUCCUCUUGAUUCUUUUACUCUCUAUAACAUCAAUAAACAAUUCACACCAUAAAUCAAAUUACACAAACAGACAGCACUACAAUCAUUGACAAAAACAAAACCUCCUCAAAAUGGAAGCCAACUAUCUUGAUCAUGUUAAAAACAUGCAUUUUACAUCAGAUGAGGUGUCUGUAUGGAAAGACAUAGCAGCUUUUGAAUAAAGCUUGUGUAACUUGUGAGGAGGAUGCUUUAAUUUAGAGUUGACAUGAUGUGGUUGCGUGUUUCUAAAACCACAACCUAGAAAUGGCAAGCAAGGCUGCUCUUCUGCAGCAGUAACAUGCACACAUGCACAAUUAUUUUUAAGAAAUAAUUAAUCAUGUAAAUACAGGUGAGCUUUUGACAUUUAUAUUUAAUAACAUUUUCCAUUGCGUUCAUCUCGUUUUAAGUUUGUUUGGUACAGUAUUUGCUCAGUCUGUGUUUCUGUUCAUGUUCAUAUUUUCAGGAAGCAGUUAUGACACAAAGCGGCAAGCAUCACAAACUCUCGUUCUGUCAGUGGGGGAACAUAUGUCUGUCAUAUCUGUGUUUGUUUGAUUUUGUUCUUCAUAAGGUGAAAUUAUUUCAAAGUCUGAUUUGUUAUAAACAAGAUGGAACAAAACACUGCUGAUUUUUUGAAGGACGCAUUCCCAGAGACAGACUUUGAGCACGUACACUUUGAUGAUGACUUUAAAACAACACACAGUGAUGAUAUGCCUCAGAGACAGACAGCCAUGGUGGACAACCACAAUCACAGAGACACCAGUGAACCUUUGACUAUGUCUGCUCAACAAAUGCUAAUAAGGAAGAGGAAAAUAAAUAACUGUUCUGAGAACAGUGAGGACUGUUUAUUAGAUGAACAAAGCAUGAAGACGGCAUCUAUGGUCUAUGAAUCAUGGGAUGAUAACAAUUCAAUUGAAAAUAAGACACAAGUUCAACACCAGCAACUGAACGUAUGUGAGGAAGAAAGUACAGAGAGUGAAUCUGAGAUGCAUGCAGAGACAUCAGACCUCCAUCAGAUGGAAAACGAACAAGAUCAGGCAGAGGAUGUCAGUUUACUUGAAUUGAUUCCUACAAAAGGAACUCGCCAUGAUCUGGGUGCAGAAUAUCACAUGGUAAUGGAGAAAACAACAUCACAUCUAUUGUCCUGCCAGAUGCUGGAUAAACUUAAAAACAGAGUGGAUCCCGAACAUGUUUUUCAGCAUGCAACGAAUGACAAUAAAUUUAGUGCCAUAGAGUCAGAAUUGCACGAUUGCCCAAAAGUCUCAACAGAGGAUGAAUCUGAGGAUGAGAUAAAAGAAUUUACAGAAGAUGAUCAUGAGAGAGUAGAGAAGGGUUUAGCAGAUUACUCCUCUGAUCUGUCUGAAAGUGAAAAUGAGGGCAACAGUGAAAGUCAUGAGGGUGGUAUACCAACCGAUAUAAGCAAGCGGAGUGAGAAGCAGGUGGUACACUGUUUCCAUGAGAUAGAGAACCUAGCCACAACUUCAGCUCAUGAUGAUAUUCAAAAGGAAAGCAGUAUGGAUCCCCAAGAUAUGGCCACUCUCAAGAAUGAAGAGCUGGACGUUGAGGCAAUUUCUGGUAAAUAUGAUGCAGAGAAUGAUUACGAGCAUGUUUGUGUAAAUUAUCAACUUUUCAAUGACAGUUUAGAAACAGAAAAAGAUAACAGGAGGGUUUCAGACUUUGGAGAAAGCUCUGAUUUUGGAAAUGUUCAAUCCAUUGCCAAAAUGGAAACAUACAGUGAAAAAUACAUAAAUGAGCAGCCUGACUAUGAUAGCGAUAUCAGCAGCCAUGGUGACUACAACAAAAGCCAAGGGGAAGAGGGUGAUCCUAUUUCUCAUAUACGCAAAGAGGUAAAGAAUAUAGAUCUCCCUGAACGAAAGCAUUCCUUCACAAAGGACUUUACUAGAGACUGGAAAAGCAUUGAGUGCGACGAAGUGGAUAUAGAAGACACAGAUCAUCGGAGUCCUGGUAUAUGUGAUUGUCAGUAGGUUUGUCAGGCAUUACUACAUCUUCUG